UCUAUCCAUCUCUCUAUCUAUAGACUGCGACUCAGAAUGUGUGUUAUUAUUAUUGGAAGCAGGGCGUUGGAUAGACAAACAGGGGACACAACUCGGUCAGUUCCUAUAACAUAUUCACAUUUUCUUGGGCUUGGACCAAGCUUUAAACUAUUCCCGUUAUCCGUCGCGCGGUGACGCGCCACAAGCCGAGGCCGAGGAAGAUGACCCUAAAUUAGUUUUCGUUUGGCCUCCGGUCACAUCGCGUCACAUGAGGACGAUUUGCGCUUUCGUGAACAUUAUCAGCUGCCUGAUGGUGGCAGCUGUGAGUUGUGGCACUUUAACGAGUUUCGAUGACUUGGGCGGAGCGGCCACUGAAGAGUCGACGGAGCAGGUCACUACGGAAACGGUUACGGAAGACUUUACCAGCGACUAUUUUGAUGUCACUGAAGACGGAACACCGGCCGAGUGGGUGACCGAGUCUCUUGAGGAGCCUGAAAAUGAAUUACCAUACUCUGCGAGGGAACUCAACUGCACUCAAUGUAAAUGCGGCAACGCAGAAAUCCAGGGCAAAAUCGUCGGCGGAGUCGUGUCCCGGGAAAACGCCUACUCCUGGAUGGCCGCACUGUACUACAACAACCGGUUCACCUGCGGAGGUUCCCUCGUCUCGGACCGCUACAUCCUGACCGCCGCCCACUGCGCCAUCCGCCAAGAUCCGGCCCGCUUCCGUGUCCAACUACUCGUGCACAAUCGCACCAAACCGACCUCCAACUCGGUCGAACGCAGCGUCAAAUCCAUCCGGACGUUCUUCUUCAACGGCCUGUCCAACAACAACGACAUUGCCCUGCUCGAGAUGACCUUCCCGGUGGCCAUCAGCGCGGACCGGCUCGUGCCAAUCUGUUUGCCGGCGGACACGGACGCCGCGUACGAGGGCAAGAUGGCCGUCGUCACCGGGUGGGGUAAAACUGCCGGCGGCGGACUGUCGGCGACACUGCAGGAGCUGAAGGUGCCCAUUCUGGCGAACCGGGCCUGCCGGAGGGCCGGCUAUUGGGCAAUUCAGAUUACGAACAAGAUGAUUUGCGCGGGGUACGUCGAGGGCGGCCGGGACUCGUGUCAGGGCGACAGCGGCGGCCCACUGCAGGUGUACAACAACAAAACGCUCCGCUACGAGCUGGUCGGCAUCGUGUCCUGGGGCCGGGCCUGUGCCCAGAAAAACUACCCGGGCGUGUACACCCGGGUGAGCAAGUUUCUCCGCUGGAUCAAUAACAACAUCAAGGACUCGUGCGUUUGUAGUUAGUCUCUUUUUAGGAGGGUUAGCUCUU